GAGCUAGUCGAAUAGCGCGAAGCGAGUCGUACGGACCGGAUGGACGCAGUAAAAUAAAGUAUAUAAUUCACAUACACGAGCGGUGCGGUAGUUUGCGAGUGAUGAUGGCCGCCUGGAGCGAGUGAACCGAUCGCGCGUCGUCGUCGUAUCUCGUCGUCCAGCAAGGACGACCACCGUUUCGUUUCCCUGUGAUAUGCCAAUAGUUAGCGCCCGCAGCCACGCGAAUGAACAUUCCGGGGUCCUAGAGUCGACGGACGCUACGCAACGAACAGCGCACCCUUGUCGUCGUCGUCGAGACGCAGUCAUUGAAGAUAUCUGAAGAUACAGUGCAUAGUCAAGAUGAGUACAGCUUUGGAAAAUGGGGCUGGUGACGGCAAACCGUCUACCAAACAGAAGACUAUUGAGGGUAUUUAUCAAAAGAAAUCACAACUGGAACAUAUUUUAUUACGUCCGGAUACGUAUAUUGGAUCUGUGGAACCAGUAACAGAAAUGAUGUGGGUCUUUGACAAGGAGAAAGAUAUGAUGAUUCAGAAGGACAUUAAGUAUGUUCCUGGAUUGUACAAAAUUUUUGAUGAGAUUCUAGUAAAUGCUGCUGAUAAUAAGCAACGCGAUCCAAAAAUGGACAUGAUCAAGAUUGAUAUUGAUUCUGAAAAUAACACUAUUUCUGUGUGGAACAAUGGAAAAGGUAUUCCUGUAGUAAUACACAAAGAGGAAAACAUGUAUGUACCCACUAUGAUAUUUGGUCAUCUUUUGACAUCAUCAAAUUAUGAUGAUGAAGAGGAAAAGGUGACUGGUGGUAGAAAUGGCUAUGGAGCCAAAUUAUGUAAUAUUUUUAGUCAUCGUUUUACUGUUGAAACAGCCACAAAAGAAUACAAAAAAUGUUUGAAGCAAACAUGGGGCGAUAAUAUGGGAAAAGCUAGCGAACCUAGGAUUAAGGAAUAUCAUGGAGAUGAUUUCACCAAGGUCACAUUUUCUCCAGACUUGUCAAAGUUUAAAAUGCAAUCACUUGACAACGAUAUUGUAGGUUUGAUGUCUCGAAGAGCAUAUGAUGUAGCUGCAUCCUCAAAGGGCGUCAAAGUUUAUUUAAAUGGAAGUCGUAUUCCAGUAAAGAAUUUUAAGGAUUAUGUUGAUUUUUACAUUAAAGGAAAAGAAGACGAUGUUGGUAAUCCUUUGAAAAUUGUAUAUGAGAAUUGUGGUCCACGUUGGGAAGUAGCACUCACUUUAUCUGACAAAGGAUUUCAGCAAAUGUCAUUUGUAAAUAGUAUCGCGACAACGAAGGGUGGCAGACACGUCGAUCAUGUGACUGAAUUAAUAGUCAAACAAUUGAUUGAAACAUUAAAGAAGAAAAAUAAGGCUGGUGUAGCUAUUAAACCAUUUCAAAUUAAGAAUCACUUGUGGAUUUUUGUCAACUGUCUCAUUAAUAAUCCUACAUUUGAUUCGCAAACUAAAGAGAACAUGACUUUACAAGCGAAAAGUUUCGGCUCCAAAUGCGUGCUCACCGAUAAGUUUAUCGCUUCGAUCACGAAAAUUGGUGUCGUGGAGGCAGUGCUAUCCUGGGCGAAGUUUAAAGCCGAUAGCCAGCUCGAGAAAUUGGGUCCUAAGUCAAAACAAAGAAAACUUCAUGGUAUACCAAAGUUGGAAGAUGCCAAUGAUGCAGGAACUGCAAAAUCAUUGGAAUGUACACUCAUAUUAACCGAGGGAGACUCAGCUAAAACAAUGGCUGUGUCCGGUAUUGCUUCUAUAGGCAGAGAUAAAUAUGGCAUAUUUCCAUUGAGAGGCAAAAUGCUAAACGUAAGGGAAGCUACUCACAAACAAAUCUUAGAGAAUGCUGAAAUCAAUAAUUUGAUCAAAAUUCUUGGUCUUCAGUACAAAAAGAAAUACGAAACUCGAGAUGAUUUAAAAACAUUGCGCUAUGGAAAGAUGAUGAUUAUGACUGAUCAAGAUCAGGAUGGUUCACAUAUCAAAGGUCUUUUAAUUAAUUUUAUCCACCACAACUGGCCGUCCUUGUUGAAGCUGAAUUUUAUUGAAGAGUUCAUUACGCCUAUCGUGAAGGCUACUAAGGGUAGCCAAACUCUAUCUUUCUUCUCGUUGCCAGAAUUCGAAGCGUGGAAAAAAGAGACAGAAAAUUUUCACACGUAUAAGAUCAAAUACUACAAAGGUUUGGGUACUUCCACCGCCAAAGAAGCGAAGGAGUACUUUGAAAAUAUGGCCAGACACAGAAUACGCUUUCGAUAUGAGGGCGACAGAGAUGAUCAAAACAUCAUCAUGGCUUUCAGUAAGAAGUGUGUCGAUCAACGUAAGGAUUGGCUGAUGAACCAUAUGAAUGAGACGAAGAGGCGAAAGGAGAUUGGCCUCGGCGAGCGUUACCUCUAUGAAAAAGAUACGCGCACCGUCUCCUUUUCGGAUUUCAUUAAUGUCGAACUGGUGCUGUACAGUAAUUAUGACAAUGUGAGGUCCAUACCAAAUAUGAUAGAUGGCUUUAAACCGGGUCAGAGGAAAGUGAUGUUUACCUGUUUAAAACGUAACGACAAACGUGAGGUAAAAGUGGCCCAAUUGGCGGGCUCGGUCGCCGAGCACUCAGCUUAUCACCAUGGCGAGACAUCUUUGAUGGCGACUAUAAUUAAUCUUGCUCAAAAUUUCGUCGGCAGCAACAAUAUUAAUCUUCUACAGCCUAUUGGUCAAUUUGGUACAAGACUCACCGGAGGAAAGGACGCUGCCAGUCCGAGAUAUAUUUUCACGAUGCUCAGUCCAUUAGCAAGAUAUAUAUUUCACAAGCACGAUGACGCUCUAUUAAAACACGAAUACGAUGAUAAUCAAAAGAUUGAACCUGUCUUUUACGUGCCUGUGAUUCCUAUGAUAUUAGUAAAUGGCGCCGAUGGCAUCGGUACCGGAUGGAUGACAAAAAUUCCGAACUACAAUCCUCGUGAAAUUAUCGAGAAUCUACAUAGAAUGAUGGAUGGCGCGGAUCCGAAACCCAUGUCUCCGUACUAUAAAAAUUUCAAAGGCGUAGUGGAGAGUUGUGGCGAUUAUCGCUACGUUAUAAGCGGGGAGAUAUCAGUGAUCGGACCCGAUAAAUUGGAGAUUACUGAACUUCCCAUUGGUACAUGGACACAAACAUAUAAGGAAACUGUGUUGGAGCCCAUGUUACAUGGAAGUGAAAAAAUUCCGGCCAUCAUCACGGAUUACAAAGAGUACAAUACAGAUACGGCAGUGCACUUUAUAAUAAUCUUGAAUCGUGACAAAUUAUUGGAGCUAGAGAGGGAAGGUCUUCAUAAAGCGUUUAAAAUCCAAUCAACUACGACAAUAACAUCCAUGUGUGCAUUCGACGAAAAUCAAUGUUUGAACAAAUACGAAAACGUGAUACAGAUAUUGAAAGUGUUUUAUAAAGUACGUCUGGAGACGUAUCACAAAAGGAAAGAUUAUCUAGAAGGAAUUUUAAAAGCAGAAUCAGCAAAACUAUCAAAUCAGGCUCGUUUUAUUCUCGAAAAAUGCGAUGGUACUCUAGUAAUAGAGAAUAAGAAGAAAAAGGAUAUGAUAGCGGAAUUGGUCAGACGUAAUUACGAUUCGGAUCCGGUCAUGGUUUGGAAACUAUCUCAAAACAGGGAGCAAGUAUUAGAAGAAGUAGGAGAACACGAUGACGAGAAUGCUCCGACUGCGACUGCGAUGGAGAAGGAAAAUUUUGACUACCUUCUUGGAAUGACGAUGUGGACUUUGACAAAGGAGAAGAAGGAUGAUUUAUUACGGCAACGAGACGAAAAAAUGGCAGAGCUAAAAAGACUGCAAGUCCGCACUCCAAUCUCUUUAUGGAAAGAGGAUUUGGACAAUCUAUUGACUGAAUUAAAUAAGUUGGAAGAAAAAGAGCAGAAGGAAGAUAAUAAAACAAAACAAAAAACCAAAAAACCGCCUUCAAAGUUUUACAAAAAUGAAGAUACUCGUCGCAUAGUUCCCGUUAUUGACGUUGAAUUGAAGAAGAAGAUAGAAAAGGCGGAUAUUGUAUCAAAGGAUAAAAAGGAAGGCAUAGUAAAGAAGUCGAGGACAAAGAAGGAGCCAAUCUCUGUAGAGGAGAAAAGCGAAUUUGAUGCAAUAGCCGAUAAUUUCAAGCCUCUCGAUCAUAGGCUUGGAAUUUCUCCCGAAAAGUUGGAAAAGAAAGCAGCUGCAAAGAAAGGAUUGAAGCAAUCAACAUUGCCAUUCAAGCCGAUCAAAAAAGGAGCGAAAAAGAAGGAUAAAGAUUCGGACGAUAGUGAUGACAUCGAUUUCGGUAGCAUUUCGCCGCUUCCACAACGGACUCAAUCUCGCAGAGUUGCAGUCAAGAAGAAAUAUAACAUGAGCAGUGAAGAUUCGGACGAUAACAGUCGCGAUAUGUUCGGACCUUCUUCAGACUCUGAACAAAUAUCCAAGAAGAAUGAUUCUAUUAUGGUAUUAAGCGAUUCCGAUGACAACUUCAAACCAAGCAAGAAACCGCCUCAACCAACUCCAACUUCGGAAGAACUAUUUGAUUCGUUAGUCGGCAAUUCUUCUCUGCAGAGCCAACAAAAAUCUUUAAUAUCCUCGUCCGGGGAAGACUCUUCUGUAAAGUUUACGCCGCCUAAAAAGGCACCUGCUAAAAAGAAAUCCGAGAACAGCAAAGGAACAAAGAGGAAAGCAAAGAAAAAAUCAAAAUCGUCCGAGGACUCUGACACGGAUGAUAUAUUUACUAAACAAAAUAUUACGAAAAAGAAAAAGAAGAAAUCUGAUUCUGACGAAGAGACGAUAACGGAUAGUUCACCGCCGCCACGCAAAAUUGUUGGUCGAGUUCGGAAGCCUGUAUCUUACGCGCUCAAGUCGGACGACGACGAAGAUUCGGAUUGAACCUUGUUCUAUUCGCGCCUUGCCGAGUGUGAUUGACAUUAGAGUCUAGUUUAAAGUGUGAAUCCCUGAAAGCAAGGCGGAUGGAAUCGUUAUGAAAAGACAAGUUUAAUCGGAGAAUUUUAGAAAGACUUCGUCUUCACUGAGAUUGUCGAUCGUGACACUAGUAGUAAUUUUAUGUGGACUGCGUACUGGAAUCUGCUAAGCGUAUUAAAAAUGUGUUUCGAGGUAUAUUUAUUUCUCGAAUUGUUAACUCGGGAAAUUUACUGAAACGACAUUAAAUUUAUUCUGAGUUUUUUUUUUCUUUGGGAAAAAAACACCUCUUACAUCUUGUAUAUAAGUUCAUUAUUCGAAUACGCAUAGUAUUGUAAAUGCGAGUAGAAUUUUACGAAACUAAUCAAUACUGUGGACAGCGCUACAGGACGUAUGGGUGUGUCCAGAAUAUUUACACGAGUCUCAUCGCGUAACUUGAGUCUUUCCCAAAAAAUUCGUCAAAGAUUAUAUUGUGUUAUAUUUAUGAUAUAUCAUCAUUUCAACAUGUUUAAUGUUAUCUUUCUUAGAAAGAAAAAAAAAUCAGAUAAUACGUGGCUCAUAUCUUGCGAAGAGAACGCGUCCAGCACUGUCUACGCUAGAUAGAUUAAUUAGCACCGCGUAAUACGCGAAGAGGGGACAGCCCUUUCCAGAUCUCACGAUUAUUGCACAAUUGUUACGCACAAUCGUAUUACUCUUCGCCGCCGGAAUCUCAUUUGUUUUCGGUGAAAAUUUGAAAAAAAGAGACGUAUACUGAUCCCGGAAAAUGUUUUAUAAAAAAUGACAAGAAAGAAAAAUAUGAAAUAUACACAAUUUUUAAAUAUAUUUUUACAUACGCGUCACAAUAUGGUUUUUUCAGGUUAUCUAAAAGACUAAAGAAAAUUAUACACAGCGGUAAAUGUCUAUUAUACAUAUAUACAUAUAGAACGGAUCUCUUACGGCUAAUGCGGCGCUCAAAUAUCGGUUAAGCGAAAAACUGUCGGACGUUUAUUUUUAACUUUAUACUGACCACACGUAGAAUAAAGUAAGUUUACUUUGUGCUCGUUUUUCACUGAUAGAUAACAAAGAAGUUUGUAGAUUUUAAAAUGCUGAGCGCAUUCUCAUGAAUUGACUUUUACGGUUAUUGGUGUUCAUUAAAUUCCACUUUUGACUGUACAUACAUCUACUAGUUCUGUGUAGUCGUUCAUUCGUAGGAUAAGAAUAAAGAGAAUUAAUGAUUGCAAUUAUCGCGGCGAUCUUGCACUUGCUAUUAAGUGAGUAUAUCUUAAUACAGAGAGCCGAUUAUAUAAAUUUUCGAAACCAUUCGAUUACAUCCCUUGAGCGCGCGCGCGCGCGCGCGCGUUCUCAGCCUAAUCAAUACUUUGUAUCUUCAGCGAUUUUCAUUUUUAUAUAAUUCGCAUACACGAAAUAGGAAUAUAUAUAUCAAUAAAACGUUUUAUCUUUUUAGAC